AUGGACGCCCAUAAUCACAAUAACCCCCGACGAUCUCGUCGCAACAGACCAUCCCGUGCUCGCGGUUUGAGAACCUCAACGGGCUGUCUCACUUGCAGAAAGAGACGCGUCAAGUGUGAUGAAGGCAAGCCCAGAUGUGUUCAGUGCUCGAAAUCAGAUCGUGACUGUCGCUAUGCGCAGCCGAGCGACUCGGACCAAGCGGACCGGGAUGUCCCCGAGACGGCCGGGCUGCAGGAGAGUGAAGCAUGUUGCAGCGGGAAUAGUCCGAGCGCCACUCAAGGAACAGACAAUACAGAGAAUCAGCCCAGUAUCCAAGGCACAGCCAGCUACCAGGACACAUUUACCGUUCCCCCCGAGACUUCCGUCACAUUUCAGCUCCAUGACUCCAUCGAGGUACCACAAGAUGACCCGCCGGAAGCGAGUAGUGGUGAUGGAGGUCUACCCAACGUAGACUUUGCGUUUGCUGCCUCUCCGCUAGCCAGGAGCCAGGUCUCGCUGCUCAACAUCUCGCCAUUCGAAUGGUAUGACCUACUAGCUCAGGAUGCCAUCUCCCAGAUUCAGCGAUGGAACGAUACCUCGAAUGGUGAACCACGGUGGAACUUUGACGAGAGCACUCUCUCUCGUCGACAGUCACCGGCACCGAUAUCUACGGAUGCCGACUCUCACACCCAUCACCGUCACGAUGAUAUUCUCGGGACUUCUUUGGUCGACCAUGGUCUGGCGGACAAACCAUGGAACACGGCUGAGAGCAUUGAGCUCUCGCCAGAAGACCUUGGUUUCUUUCGCUACUACACUGAGGUCGUUGGGCCGAUCCUCGAUCUAUUUGAUCAAGCGCGUCAUUUCACUAAUGUCGUGCCUCAUCUGGCCCUGCGGAAUUCGGGGCUGUUGAAGGCUAUACUUGCAGUCGCAGCCAAGCACAUGUCUCUUGGCCUCAAAUCCAGGAAGCGACAAGGUGAUGGCGAAAGCACGAGCGAGAACAGCUCCUCGUCGCCAGAAGCAACAAAUAGUGGUCAACCACAGGAGCACGGUCAAACUCCGGCACACAUGGCCACCCAGUACUACUACGAGACUCUCCAGUAUCUCUCACAGACCCUACUCUAUCCCUCCUACGCCAAAUCCCACGAGAUCUUGGCCACGGCCAUAAUGAUCAGCACAUACGAAAUGUUUGACGCCGACGGAACCUCGACGAGCGGAAAUUGGGAACGGCACCUACGAGGCGCAUUCUGGAUACAGCGUUCCCAAGACAAUGACGGCGAGUCUAUUGAUGGAUUGAGGCGGGCCGUAUGGUGGGCGUGGCUUAGACAAGACAUUUGGGCAGCGUUCCGGGCAGGGAGGCCAACUCUCACGAUAUGGCGGCCUUGGAAGAGGCUCGAGGAUCUUGAUUCUGAUGAGCUUGCCACGAGGAUGGUCUACAUUUGCGCAAAAUGCGUCGAGUUUGCUGCUCUGGACAAGACUUCACCUGACCAAGAUAUACGACAGAGGAUUGAACAUGGCAACAAACUUCUCCAGGCACUUGAUGAUUGGCAUCGGGUUCUUCCUAGCUCAUACAAGCCGGUCACCUCGGCGUCCGGGUCUCAAAACAAGUUCCAGUCUAUAUGGUUUCAUCCGCCUAACCACGCCGGUGCGAUGCAAAUGUACCAUUUUGCAAAGGCCGUCGUGCUGCUGAACCAGCCCACGACCGGCGGCCUCAAUGCAUAUCGCCAGCGGCAAAAGUGUCUCAACGAAAGCCUUCACAUGGUCUGUGGGAUUGCCAACGCCUGUCGAGAGGGGGAACCCGCCAUGGCGUUUGUCAAUGUGCAGGCCAUAUUUGCUGUUGGCCAAUGUGUUCAGAUGCCAGAGAAGCAGGCCGAACUACUCGAUACGUUGGACAGGAUGCUGGAUAUUAGCAAGUUUCCUGCCUCAGGGCUCGUGGAGGAGCUAAAGAGUGUUUGGCAGGAAUAA